AUGGCGCUGGCGACCCUCCCGCUCCUCGCGGUCGUGAGCAACGCCCAGGACUGGCACCAGUUCGCGACGGUGCAGGCGCGUGGUGCGUCCAUGAAUCUGGGCACCACCGCGGACCUCGCGGACGUCCUCGACCACUUCCUCUCGACCUCGGGCAAGGUUGAGGAGGAGUUGCUGCGAAAGGCGGAAGUGAUGAGCGAGGAGCUCACCAAGGAUGCGAUUGAGACCCAGUCUCUCAAGAAGCAGGCACAAACGGCGUUGGUCCAGGAGCUGCACGCGCGCCACGAGCUCAUGGCCGAGCGGAGCCGGCGCCUGGCGGUGGCCAUCAACGGGAAGGUCGGCCACGGCAAGUGCUGCUGCAGCGGCGACUCGCUCUCUGCCGCGGCCGGCGACCUGAACUGCUCGUGGGUGACGCCGGCCGAGCUCGGGGACGUCACGGGGCGAUGCCCGAGCGACACGCACCUGCUGGCGGCGACCUGGACUGCCGGCUAUGGCGGGGACCAGGGGCUCCUGGCGCGCGGGUUGGACUCGUGCGCCGCGUCGGAGGGCUGGAAGGACGCCGACAGCAGCAUGAACCGCCCGCUCGCGGGCGUUUCGGAUGUGUCUGUUGGCGCCAAGCGCGCUCCGAGGAUCAUCGACGGCGGCGGCGCGGCCAGGUGGGCCGAGACGGGCGGCGGCCCACGAGGCGGGGUAACCCUGGGGCCCCUGCAGGCUUCAGCAAUCUCCGAGUUCGCUAUCCCCUCCGAGCCGAAGCGGAUGGGCAGCACCAGCUUCGUGCUACGAAGCCCCUGGGUGCCGGAGGACGACGCGGCGGCGGAGGAGGCCGCGGCAGAGGAGGCCGCCAAGCUGCGCAAGGAGCGGCUCGCCUCCCUGUACGCGCGCCAGCGGUCCCUCCGCAGGCGGGCGGUGCGGAGGCGCGAGGCGGCCGUCGACGAGGAAUGUUCUCCGCGCCGGCGAUGGCAGGGUUGCCUCCUGAUGCGGGGGCGCUGA